GUGGAGAAGAGAAUCUGGCAUUAUAAUAUUCCAAUGACACGUGGAACCCUUGUUUGGCUUCAUUUUGGAAAGUGACGUGUAUAUGAAAAAAAUUAGGAAUAGACAACGCCACGGCACAGAACGUUGAGAAAAAGAAAAAAGAAAAAAUCUGUUUUGGUACUAUACUAAAAGUUGAAGAUGAAAUUGCAGACCAGGGGCCAAGUAUAAAGUGAGGUGCGUUGGGUUCAUGAAAUUCAAAUCUCAAACUCAAACUCAGCCUCCACAGCACUACUGUUAUAUAUGGAUUCGAUGCUUCUUCGAUCUUUUCCUAAUAUUAACAACGCUUCUUCUCUCGCCACCACUGGUAUGUCUGCUUAUAAUUUCUCGAUCUGUUUUCCGUCUGAGACAGAUAUUCCCACUGGCUGGUGGAAAUUUCUGCAGAACUAAAUGUUUCGCCAACAUUUACCAUGCAAGUUCUUAUUUGCCAAAUGCUUCAUGGCACAAUAGGAAAAUCCAAAAAGAAUAUAAUUUUUUGAGGUUUCGGUGGCCAAGUUUGAACCACCAUUACAAAAGCAUUGAAGGAGGGUGUACAUGUAAAAAAUGUAAUAUAAAAUUUGUUGUGAAAGCGACCUCUGAAAAAUCUUUUGAGUCUGAACCUCAAGCUUUUGAUCCAAAAAGCAUUUUGGACUCUGUCAAGAAUUCCUUGGAUGCUUUCUACAGGUUUUCCAGACCUCACACAGUUAUUGGCACAGCAUUAAGCAUAAUUUCUGUGUCCCUCCUUGCUGUUGAGAAAAUAUCAGAUAUAUCUCCAUUAUUUUUUACUGGUGUGUUGGAGGCUGUGGUUGCUGCCCUGUUUAUGAAUAUUUAUAUUGUUGGUUUGAAUCAAUUGUCUGAUGUUGAAAUAGACAAGAUAAACAAGCCGUAUCUUCCAUUAGCAUCUGGGGAAUAUUCCUUUGAAACUGGUGUCACUAUUGUUGCAUCUUUUUCAAUUCUGAGUUUUUGGCUUGGCUGGGUUGUAGGUUCAUGGCCAUUAUUUUGGGCCCUUUUUGUAAGCUUUGUGCUAGGAACUGCUUAUUCAAUCAAUGUGCCUCUGUUGAGAUGGAAGAGGUUUGCAGUGCUUGCAGCGAUGUGCAUUCUAGCUGUUCGGGCAGUAAUAGUUCAACUUGCAUUUUUCCUUCACAUCCAGACUCAUGUAUACAAGAGGCCACCUGUCUUUUCAAGAUCAUUGAUUUUUGCUACUGCAUUCAUGAGCUUCUUCUCUGUAGUUAUAGCACUGUUUAAGGAUAUACCUGACAUUGAAGGAGAUAAAGUAUUUGGCAUCCAAUCUUUUUCAGUGCGUUUAGGUCAGAAGCCGGUAUUCUGGACUUGUGUUAUCCUUCUUGAAAUAGCUUAUGGAGUCGCCCUCCUGGUGGGAGCUGCAUCUCCUUGUCUUUGGAGCAAAAUUGUCACGGGUCUGGGACACGCUGUUCUGGCUUCAAUUCUCUGGUUUCAUGCCAAAUCUGUAGAUUUGAAAAGCAAAGCUUCGAUAACAUCCUUCUAUAUGUUUAUUUGGAAGCUAUUUUAUGCAGAAUACUUACUCAUUCCUUUUGUUAGAUGAGGAUGCAGCGGCAAUAUUGACUUGAGAAUUAGUUUUGUUUAAAUGGUGCUGCCUUUGUCACAGGCCGGCUUGGAGUCGCUACAUUAGUUUUAAGUUUUUAAUUGCUAAUUUAAAUGAAGAUAUAUUUCUUUUGGGAUGAAAUUUUGUUUACUGCUUUGUUUUCA